AUGAUUGUUAGGGACAGUUGGUUACCACCACGUGGUGUUGGAAGGUCGCUAAAUAAAUUCUCUCUCUCCACACACAAGUCUUGUUGGAGUCAGUUAUUUAAUUCACAGUUACUUAUCUUUAUAUUCAGUUCUCUCUCUUACUCAUUGUCCUUUCUUUUCUCUCUCACGUUUCCUCUUUUCUUUCUCUCUUUUUCUUUACACAAAUUCAAUUUCACACACGGCUGCAACAGAGAUAUAUACUUUCUUCCUCCUCUCUGGUCUUCUCUUUUCUUUCUUCUUCUUUACACAGUUCAGCUUCAAACAUGGUCCGGCUGCAACAGAGAUAUAUACUUUCUCCUUCUCUCUGGUUUUCUCUUUUCUUUCUUCAAACACAGGCUGUAUUCUCAGUGUACAAAUUUCCUUGCGUCUUCUGUGAUAAAUAACUUGAUUUAUUUUCUUAAAUUUGGAGUUAACGAACAGAAAUAUACAUCCUUAUAUUUCUUAUCCGGAGUUGCUUAUGAUGAAUUGGACAAGUUCCAUCAUUACCAAUAUGAGUCUCAUCUUUCUGUUCAUAAAUUAUCAGCGCUUCGAUUUCGUGCCUUGCUCUUUCAAAGACAAGACAGCAACUGA